AUGCGUUUAAUCCUCACCGUCAUGCUCUCUUUCAUUCCUUACCUCUAUUCUUCUCACCGUCCCUGCUCUUCCCCCGUCGCUCGUCCUCGAAUCCGUCGCUGCCGUCUCACUCGCUUCGCAACUGCAAUUGUCGCAACCUCCGCUCUUCUCCUCGCCUCCGUCGCUUGGCUCUCUCUCGUCUUCUCGCCCGCCACUUCCCGUUGCUGGCAUCUCCUUAAGGAUUGGGAAGACGUCCAUAUCUGGAACAGACGGCUUCACCAUCAUCCUCAUAAUCCUUCUCCUCCGUAUCUCCACACAGAAAUUCCUCCGCCGUCUCUUCCAGCUCUCCCAAUCUUCGAUCAUGACGACGAAAUUCUCCAACCUGGAAAUCGAAGUCUCUACGAAACCGAUAAGCUCGAUCUCGCUCUGCAUCACCUGAUGUUUGGAAUCGCUGGAUCGUCACAGCUCUGGGAACGCCGCAAGGAGCUUGUUCGGCUAUGGUGGAGACCAAUUCAAAUGCGUGGCCACGUCUGGCUUGAAGAGCAGGUUUCUCCAGAGGAAGGAGACGAUUCUCUUCCUCCGAUCAUCGUCUCCGAGGACUCUUCCCGAUUCCGUUACACCAAUCCCACCGGCCAUCCUUCAGGACUUCGAAUCUCACGAAUCGCAAUCGAAUCUUUCCGCCUCUCUCUCCCUGAUGUCCGGUGGUUUAUCCUCGGAGACGACGAUACCAUCUUCAACGUCCACAAUCUUCUCUCCGUUCUGAGCAAAUACGAUCCUUCGGAGAUGGUAUACAUCGGAAACCCAUCGGAGAGCCACUCUGCCAACUCGUACUUCAGUCAUAACAUGGGAUUCGGAGGCGGUGGCAUCGCCAUUAGCUACCCUUUAGCGGAAGCUCUCUCUCGUAUCCACGACGAUUGUCUCGAUCGAUACCCGAAGCUAUACGGUAGCGACGAUCGCCUCCACGCCUGCAUCACAGAGCUCGGUGUUCCGUUAUCCAAAGAGCCUGGCUUUCACCAGUGGGAUAUUAAGGGAGACGCUCAUGGCCUUUUGUCAUCUCAUCCCAUUGCUCCCUUUGUCUCAAUCCAUCACGUUGAAGCAGUGAAUCCUCUCUAUCCGGGCUUAUCGACAUUAGAUAGUUUGAAGCUCUUCACAAGAGCGAUGAGUUUGGACCCAAAGAGUGUUUUGCAGAGAUCGAUUUGCUACGAUCAUACUCAAAAGCUUACGUUUUCGAUAUCUCUUGGCUAUGUUGUACAAGUCUUCCCGAAUAUACUCUUGCCACGUGAUCUCGAGCGAGCUGAGCUCACCUUCUCUGCCUGGAACGGGAUAAAACAGCCGAAUGAGUUUGAUCUUGACAUAAAGCUUCCGGUUUCAUCUCUCUGUAAGAAGCCUAUACUCUUCUUCUUGAAAGAGGUUGGACGAGAAGGCAAUGCUACACUGGGGACGUACACGAGGUCCUUGGUGAAGGAUGAUUUGAAGAGGAAGCUUCUAUGUUUCCCACGCUCUCCUCCUCUGCAGAAGGUGGAGAAGAUCCAGGUCGUAGGGUUUCCUCUGAGCAAAAACUGGCACUUGGCGCCGAGACGGUUGUGUUGCAGAGCGACUCCAACUACUAAUGAGCCUCUCAGAUUUACAGUUGGUCAAUGCGGAAAGAUAACUUUGGGUUCCACGGUUAGUUCCCAAUGA